AUGGACAGCGGCAACGUCUUCAAGGGCCUCUUCUACGGCGGCUUCGCCUCGUGCGUCGCCGAGACGGUCACGAUGCCGAUCGACGUGUGCAAGACCCGGCUCCAGAUGGACGGUGCGGGCGGCGGCGUCAAGUUGUACAACGGCACGAUGGACUGCGCGGGGAAGCUCGUCAAGAGCGAAGGCGCGGGGGCGCUCUUCAAGGGCCUUCCGCCGGCGCUGCUCCGCCAGUCGACGUACGGCUCGCUGCG